CAUUGGCCGCGCACGCGAUGGGCGGGGUGUGGACGGCGCUGCGAUGGCUGCCCGCGGGUGUGGGACCAGCGAAGCCCCCGGCCCCUCUCAGAGCCCGGCCUCCUGACGCCGCCAGUGGGCGGGGCCGCCCGGGCCGCCUCCGCCGCUGUCAUGUAUCCGACGCCGCCGCCGGCGCCGCAUCGGGACUUCAUCUCGGUGACGCUGAGCCUCGGCCAGAGCUACGACGGCAGCAAAAGCUGGCGGCGGCGCUCGUGCUGGAGGAAAUGGAAGCAGCUGUCGAGAUUACAGCGGAACGCGAUCCUCUUCUUGCUCACGCUUCUGCUGCUCUGUGGACUCGUGUCCUACAUCAGCGUGGCUGACCAGUGGAGAGCCGUGAACGGCCGGUCAGCAGAAGAGCGGAAGAUGAGACCUGCGGAUCCGCCCGUGCUGCCAGCUCCUCAGAAAGCAGAUGCUAAUCCAGAAAACUUCCCAGGGGUUUUACCUCAGAAGCCGAAGAGGCAUUUCCGACGGCGACCGCCCAACCUGCAGAUUCGAGCCCCCGGUAAAGACUCCGAGGACCGGAGGCAGGACGACACCCAGCGGAGGGACGAGGCGGUGGGCGACGCUCGUCGAGAAGAGAACACGCAGAGAACAGUGGUCAGCUGGAGGGGAGCGGUGAUUGAGCCGCAGCCCGGCACCGAACUUCCUUCGAGAAAGGCAGAGGCCCCCCACAAGCCUUCCUCACAGGCCCCCAGGAUUCAGAACCAAGCAGCUUCCCCGAACGAGCGUCAGAGGGCCGUGAUCGAUGCCUUCCGCCACGCAUGGGCCGGAUACCGCAAGUUCGCCUGGGGCCACGACGAGCUGAAACCCGUGUCCAGGUCCUUCAGCGAGUGGUUUGGCCUGGGCCUGACGCUGAUUGACGCCCUGGAUACCAUGUGGAUUUUAGGUCUGAGAAAAGAGUUUGAAGAGGCCAGGAAGUGGGUGUCUAAGAAGCUGCGGUUUCAGAAAGACGUGGACGUCAACCUGUUUGAGAGCACGAUCCGCAUCCUGGGCGGGCUUCUGAGCGCCUACCACCUGUCCGGGGACGACCUCUUCCUGAAGAAGGCCGAGGAUUUUGGGAAUCGGCUCAUGCCUGCGUUCCAGACGCCCUCCAAGAUCCCCUACUCCGACGUGAACAUCGGCACCGGGGCCGCCCACCCGCCCCGCUGGACCUCGGACAGCACGGUGGCCGAGGUCACAAGCAUUCAGCUGGAGUUCCGGGAGCUCUCGCGCCUCACGGGCAGUAGGAAGUUUCAGGAGGCUGCGGAGGAGGUGACGAGGCGCGUCCACUCGCUGUCCGGGAAGAAGGACGGGCUGGUGCCCAUGUUCAUCAACACCCACAGCGGCCUCUUCACGCACAUGGGCGUGUUCACGUUGGGCGCCAGGGCCGACAGCUACUACGAGUACCUGCUGAAGCAGUGGAUCCAGGGCGGAAAGAAGGAGACCCAGUUAGUGGAAGACUACCUCGAAGCCAUCGAGGGAAUCAAGAGGCACCUGCUGCGCAGGUCUGAGCCCAGGAAGCUCACCUUCGUGGGGGAGCUCGCCCACGGCCGCUUCAGCGCCAAGAUGGACCACCUGGUGUGCUUCCUGCCAGGGACGCUGGCUCUGGGCGCCCACCACGGCCUGCCCGCUGACCACAUGGAGCUGGCCCGGGCGCUCAUGGACACCUGCUACCAGAUGAACCGUCAGAUGGAGACGGGGCUGAGCCCCGAAAUUGUGCACUUCAACCUGUACCCUCAGAGCGACCAGAAGGAUGUGCAGGUCAAGCCCGCCGACAGGCACAAUCUGCUGCGGCCCGAGACGGUGGAGAGCUUGUUCUACCUGUACCGCCUCACGGGCGACCCCAAAUACCAGGACUGGGGCUGGCAGAUCCUGCAGAGCUUCAACGCGUACGCACGGGUCCCCUCGGGCGGCUACUCGUCCAUCAGCAACGUCCAGGACCCCCUCAAUCCCCAGCCCAGGGACAAGAUGGAGAGCUUCUUUCUGGGGGAGACGCUCAAGUACCUGUAUCUGCUCUUCUCCGACGACCCAGACCUGCUCAGCCUGGACGCCUACGUGUUCAACACCGAGGCUCACCCCUUGCCCAUCUGGGUCCCGCCUAGGGGGGCCUGAUGCCGCUGUGGGCAGUGCCUCGGACGUGACCCAUCCUUGCUGUGAUUCAUGGUUUCCCGUCCACUGGAGGAGGCUUCUUCCUUCUUCCUGUGAAUCUUGAAUCGUGUUUACAUUCCGAAUACCCGGCCAGCUUCGCCUGCCGGUGCCCGGGCUUCGUGGUGGUCCCUCGUGCCUGGUCGUCAGCCGGGGCUGCGCUGGGUCCCCCACAUAGUGUUCAGAGACGAGAGCUGAAGGGACGGCCCGACAUGCGGCUCAGCCUGGGAUCAGAGCCUGCGACGUGCCCUGACCCGAGGGUCUGGGGGGGCGCCUGUGACCCCCUGCGCAUCCGGGCACCUGGUGGGCUGUGGUGUUUACACGUUGGACUCAGGGAUCCCCCCUGGCCCUGCAGGGGCUGGGAGGGGCGGGUGGGCGAGUUCGUCCUGCCUCUGGACCACCCGCUAGUAUGGACUUUCCACGCAGCAUAAAGUAGAUUGUUUCCAUGUUGGUAAGUGGAUCUCUUUCUGUGAAUCAUCUUUGUGUAGAUGAGAAAAAGCCAUUGUCUGUUUGGGACGCCUCAGACUUCAUUCUAAGGGAGUUUCAGGUUUCCAUCCCUGAUAAUCCUGCCGUCCGUCUUCCAUACAUAGGUUAACUACAUUUGCAAGUUACCUGGCAUUACACAGGUUAUUACCAUAGUCACAGUUGGGGAAUAGAAGGUGCCCAUCAGCCUACUGCAGAAACAAACAGCAAACAGUGGUAGCAAGUGAUGAGGUUUAUACUCAAGUUUGUAUUUCAUUAACCGUUGCUACAGUUUUUUAAAUACAAAAGUUAAUUAAAUACAGAACUUCAGUAUAAUGGGAAAGAUCAGUAGUCAGAGGAGUGGGUGUCUGUGGCUUUGCAGAGACGGCUGCACCUGCUCAUUCUCCUUAGAAACAUAAAUAAGCAGGCAGAACUAUCACCAUGAGUUUUCAACAACCACAACAAAAUCAUGAGAAAAUAAAACAAAAUAUGGCUCACUGAACAGAAUUGGUUGCUAGAAAUUAUCCCUAAAAAGUCCAGAUUUGAGAAUUAUUAGAAAAAGACUAUGAAAAUUCUUAAAUGUGCUGAAAGAACUCAAAACACACACGUGGAACUAAAGGAAAUCAGGUAAUGUGUGUGCACACUGAGAAUAUCCGUAAGAAUUAUCCAAAGGAGUAAAGUCUCAGACUGAAGUGUAGUUGGGAAAUUCAUCAGCAGAGGUCAGUGCAGAAGGAGCUGUGUGAAGGCCCAGAGGCAGGGCUAUGGCUCCAUGCGAUGGGAGGGGUGGAAGAAAAGCAUGAAGAACAGUGAACGGAGCCCAUGGGACCCCUGGGGCCCCAUUCUAAGUGGGUCCCACGUGUGCAUUAUGAUGGGGGUCUCAGAAAAGAGAAAGGGGCAUGAGAAUGUUUGGAAAAGUGCUGAAAAUUUACCAAGUUUGAUGUAAUAAGUUCUAAAUCUACAAAUUCAAGAGGCUCAGUGCCUGCCUUGUAGAAUCAAUUCAGAGACCCACUCCAGAGAAAGUGUUGAAAGGCAGAAUCUUGCCAUAACGAGAAGCAACAUGUAAUGCACAAGACCUCUUCAGUAAGGUCAACAGCCAGUUUCUCCCAAAAAAGGGGGGAGCGCCUGGGUGUCUGAGUUGGUUAAGUGUCCAACGGGUGAUUUUGGCUCAGGUCAUGAUAGUAAUGGGUCUUGGGAUCGAGCCCCAGGUCAGGCUCCCAGCUUAGUGGGGAGUCCAUUU